AUGUCUACAAGCAACAAUGAUUCGUUCAAUAUUCGAUUCACUGGUAAGAACUAUUCCUCCUGGGAAUUUCAGUUUCAAUUAUUUGUCACAGGGAAGGACUUAUGGGGUCUAAUAGAUGGAAGUGAUCCAGCCCCUACAGAUCCUACAAAGUUGGCUUCUUGGAAUGUCAAAAAUGCUCGUGUGAUGACAUGGAUGUUAGGGUCUGUUGAUCCUCUUAUUGUCCUCAAUUUGAGGCCAUAUAAAACUGCGAAAUCCAUGUGGGAAUAUUUAAAAAAGGUUUAUCAUCAGGACAAUUCAGCUAGACGUUUUCAAUUGGAGUAUGAGAUUGCUUGUUACUCUCAUGGCAACCUCUCCAUUCAAGAUUUCUUCUCUGGUUUCCAGAAUUUGUGGGCAGAGUUUACUGACAUUGUUUAUGCUACAGUACCCGCUGCAUCUCUCUCUGAUGUUCAAAAAGUUCAUGAGCAAAGUAAGAGAGCUCAAUUUUUAAUGAAGUUGCGAUCCGAAUAUGAGGCCAUUCGCUCCAAUUUGAUGAAUCGUGACCCACCUCCAUCCUUAGAUGUUUGCUUUGGAGAAUUACUUCGUGAAGAGCAACGUCUUCUCACACAAGCCACUCUUGAGCAGGGGAGGUUGGGUACUAAUGCUGUUACGGUUGCUUAUGCGACUCAAGAGAAAGGCAAAAAUAGAGAUAUGCGGAAAGUGCAGUGUUACAGCUGCAAAGAAUAUGGACAUAUUGCUCUCAAUUGUAAAAAGCGAUUCUGCAAUUAUUGUAAACAACAAGGGCACAUCAUCAAAGAGUGUCCUACUCGUCCUCAAAAGCGCCAAGUCAAUGCCUUUCAAGCUGUAGUUGGCACUCUGCCUGAUGGACAAUCUCCAGAAGGGCACAACUAUCAAUUUAUUGCUCCAGCAGUGUCUACAAGCACUCCUACGGGUGCUGGCAUUUUCAGCCUUAGGGCUGCAAGGUAA